UUCAAGUUCAAACACUCCAGGGCUCUUUGCCCUUGGGCAAGUCAUUUGAAUUCUGAGCCUUGAUUUCCUCAGCUGUGCCGGCCUCCCAGGAUUCUGUGAAGUGAUAUUUGUGAAUGGCCUGAGCUAAAGAGCCUGGCUCACCGUAGGGUGCAAAUAUCCUCCUCUCGCCCAAGGAGCAGAGGAGGCCGAGGUGUUAGGUCAGUGAACAGGGGUUAGGAACGGGUCCAAAGGUGCAGGGAGCAGGAACCUCUGCGACCCCACUGUGUGCUUGGCUUUCUGAAACUGUUGGACACCUGCUCUGUCUUGGAGCAAAGAAGAACUAGGCAGGUGGAGGUAGGGGUGACAGAACAAGGGCCCGGCAAAACCGCACCCUCCCUGGGCUGCCAGAAUGGACCAGCCCCCAGUGAUAUCACAAUCCGCAGGGGUUGCCAAGGCACUGCUGCAAGUAGAUCUUAUUUCUCCCUGCGGAGCUCUGGAUGUGGAUGUGAGAGAGGUGAGCAGCGAAGGCAGAUGGGGACGAGGGAUAACCUGAGCCCUGUGCCCAUGGGCAUGACACAGGAUGACCCUGGAGAGUCAGGAACACUGCCAGGUCCUAAUGCUGGCAUCCAGGACACAGGAUCGGCUGCUCAGCUGAAGCUGAAGCCCAGGAAGGUGCACAAGAUCAAGGCCCUUGUCAUCGAUCUGGGCUCCCAGUACUGUAAGUGCGGCUAUGCUGGAGAGCCGAGGCCCACCUACUUCAUCUCCUCCACUGUGGGCAAGCGCUGCUCCGAGGCAGCUGACGCUUGUGGCACCUGCAAGGAGACCUACGUGGGCCACGAGCUGCUCCACGUGGAGGCGCCUCUGAAGCUGAUUAACCCACUACAGCACGGCAUCGUGGUGGACUGGGACUGUGUCCAGAACAUCUGGGAGUACAUCUUCCACACGGCCAUGAAGAUCCUUCCUGAGGAGCACGCUGUGCUGGUCUCCGACCCCCCACUCAGCCCCAGCAGCAACCGGGAGAAGUAUGCGGAGCUCAUAUUUGAGACCUUUGGCAUCCCUGCCAUGCACGUGACGUCCCAGUCACUGCUCUCCAUCUACUCCUAUGGCAAGACCUCAGGGCUGGUGGUGGAGAGCGGGCACGGCGUCUCGCAUGUGGUGCCCAUCUCGGAGGGCGAUGUGCUGCCAGGCCUGACCAGCCGCACCGACUAUGCCGGGUGCGACCUCACCAACUACCUGCUGCAGCUGCUCAACGAGGCCGGCCACAAGUUCACGGACGACCACCUGCACAUCAUCGAGCACAUCAAGAAGAAGUGCUGCUACUCGGCGCUCAUGCCAGAGGAGGAGCGCGGUCUGGCCAUGGAGGAGCUGCGUGUGGACUACGAGCUGCCGGAUGGCAAGCUCAUCACCAUCGGUCAGGAGCGCUUCCAGUGCGCCGAGAUGCUCUUCAAGCCCACCCUGGUGGGCAGCAGCCAGCCCGGCCUCCCCGCGCUCACGGCUGCCUGCCUGGACCGCUGCCAGGAGGUGGGCUUCAAGGAGGAGAUGGCUGCCAACGUGCUGCUCUGUGGUGGCUGCACCAUGCUGGACGGCUUUCCCGAGCGCUUCCAGAGGGAGCUGAGCCUCCUCUGCCCCGGGGACAGCCCUGCAGUGCUGGCUGCGCCUGAGAGGAAGACCUCCGUGUGGACCGGCGGCUCCAUCCUGGCCUCGCUGCAGGCCUUCCAGCAGCUCUGGGUCAGCAGGGAGGAGUUUGAGGAGCGGGGCAGCGCAGCCAUCUACAGCAAGUGCUGAGUGGCGGUGCCCCAGCAGG